AUCGCGACAACGACCCAUUGCCCGUUCCAGAUUGCACCUUACCGCCGCCACCAUCACCAAAGAAAUCAUUCUAUCUUCUGAACAUAUCACCCCAGCGCGCCGCAGAAAUGGGAAAGCGAUCGUAUGAAGAGGCCGAGGGGUCGAACGCCGAUGGCCAGGAGCAAAACCAGCCCCAGAAAAGAAACAGAAACCCGCACAACAGGUUCAACCCCAAGAACAUUGCAAAGCGCCAGAAGACCACCCAGAAGAUCAACGAUGGCAACCUUAGUCAGAUCAAGAAGCGUGUCAGAGCAAUUGAGCGCCUUCUCGAACACAAGAACGAAAAGCUGCCUGCCAAUGUCAGGAACGACCUCGAGCGCGAACUGCAAGCCCACAAGCAGAGGAUUGCCGACGAGAGUGACAGGAAGUUGAGAAGCAAGAUGAUCAGCAAGUACCAUAUGGUCAGGUUCUUUGAGCGCAAGAAGGCCAUGCGCCUCGCAAAGCAGCUGAUGAAGCAACUCGACGAAACCAAAGACGAAGCCGAGAUCGCCAGGCUAAAAGCCGACCUCCACAUUGCCGAGGUCGACCUCGAUUAUGCUCUCUACCACCCUCACAUGGAGACCUACAUCAGCUUGUACCCCAAGCCCAAGGACGAAGCCGCAGAGAAGGACGAGAAGAGUUCAGCCGCACACCACCUUCACUCCUCAAGACCCCCAAUGUGGACCACCAUCGAAAAGGCCCGCCAAGAGGGUAAGAGCGCUCUGGAGAAGAUUCGCGACAGACGACCGGAACGCGACUUUUCGAAACCCACUUCCAAAAAGACAGCCAAUAAGUCUUCGUCACAGAGCGAGGAGCGCCCAGCCAAGGGCAAAUACGGCAAGACGGAGGAGGAGAGCGCGAGCGAGAGCGACGACGGAGGCUUCUUCGAGGAGGACUAG